AUGAGUAGACUACGAAGUGAAACUGAAUCUAUUGUGACAAUGUAUGCGCAUGAAUUCAAUCCGCGGUAUGGCGCAGGUUUUAUAGCAAUGGAAUUAGGAGAUGAAUCAUUGAUCGAUCGAGUUCGAGUUCUGCAUCAUGUAAAUUUAAGAACGGGAUCGUUGGAGGAUUACAUUCCGGCAAAAGAUCGACAGAAUAUAUGGAUUCAGUUGGUUAAUAUUGUUCUUGCACUUCAACGGCAAGGUGUAGUUCAUCGUGAUCUGAAGCCAGCUAAUUUAUUAUUCUUCGGACCGAAUCUAAAAGCGGUCGACUUUGGCACAUCUCAAGAGGAAUCAGCUGGAUAUCACCAUCAGCAAAAGACAGGUGGUACUCGUCCUUACAGUGCACCGGAAUGUUUUUCAGGUCGAGUACCUAUUACCUCAAAAGCUGAUAUAUGGUCAAUAGGUGCGAUCCUGUAUUAUAUAACGUAUGGCAGACGACCUAUAUACGAAACUUCACAACCACCAUAUGGAGCUUUUCCAACACGUUCUCAGGCUGUUCAAGACGUUCUUUAUCAGUGUCUUCAACGAAAUCCAAACAGACGACCGGACCAUCAAUGGCUUCUGACAGAAAAUNGCGAAUUUACAUUCAUCAGUCGAGAUGAUUCACAACCAAAACGUACAUUAGGUAUUGAACGUUCAUGGGAUGAACUCAAAGCUGAGUUUGGUCGCAGUGGUCCUGGACUUCCUGGUGCAAUUUAUUUUAAAACAAUUAGUAUUGAAGGACCUAUGCUCUUUGCUGUUAUAGAUGGUACUACGGUGCUGUAUCAUGAGCAUCAUAAAUGGCAUCAAUAUAUAACAGCAAAAGAUAUCAAGUUUGGCAUGGUGAAUACGGAUGAGCUCAAUCCAAUGCGAGCAACAAUUGACAAGAAUUAUUUGGAUGAUAAGAAAUGGUUUGUUACUUAUCAUAGUUAA